GGGAAAAGAGAGAGAGAGAGAGAGAGAGAGAGAGACAACUCCCCCUUUAUAUUCUCCCCUCUCCUUCUUCUUCUUCGAUCAUCAGAAACCCUAAUAAAUCCAAAUCCACUCUUCAAUAAUUACUUCCCCUGCCAUCGUCGAUCGCUGAUGGCUCGAGGUUUCAGCGGCGUCAAAGACGACCUGAACGAGAUUCGCCGCCACCUCCUCGACAUCGCCUGCUUCCUCUCGCCCCUCAUCGGAGCGGCGGCAGAUUACACCGAUUCGCCUCCGGCGUCGCCUCACAAAGAGAAGAGAAACCCUAACCCUAACCCUAGCUCUGCUUUGACCAACCAGCAGCAGCAGCAGCAGCAACUGGAGAGGAGAGUGGUGGUUGCUGGGGUUUUGAAUGAUUUGGCGGAGUUUGGUGGGGGAUUGAAGAGCGGAAUUGGGAGGAUUUCCAGUGUUUGGAGGAGGAAUCGGAGUGGUAGUAGUGGUGGGGGGAUGAGGGAGGAGGUUGUGAUGUUUGUUAGGGAUUUGGUCAAGUGUCCUGAAUCUUGGAUGGAGUUUCCAGUCCCUGUUGAUGAUUAUUUUCAUAUGUCCCAUCAUCAAAGAGACCAUAUAGAAACUGUUGAACGUCUGGUUCCAAGUUUAUCUACACUUAGAAUAAGCCUUUGCCCACGUUUCAUGACUGAGAAAAGCUUCUGGAAGAUAUACUUUGCUCUUUUGCAUCCGAGGUUGAAUAGGGUUGAGUCUGAUUUCUUAUCAACCCAGCAGAUUGUGGAAGAGAUGCGCAUAAAUCUGAAAAAGAAGAUGCAAGAUAGAUUACAACUGGAGCCUCAGCAUGCUGUAGCUGAGAGCUCUUUCUUGAACACAAGUGACAAGGAAAUAGAUACCCAACAGGAGGCAAUCCACACAAAUCCGAACAAGGAUCAAACUACAGGCUCUGAAUCUCAGAAGCAUAUUUCUGACAGCUCCUCUGAUGAUAUCCAACAGCAGGCGACAGAAGCAAAAACCCUACAGUACUUUGAUAGGUGGUUUGAUUCCCCUGAUGUCGCAAGAGAGGCAAAUUCUUCCACCGAAAGCAGAAAACAAAUUAGCAGCAGAGAAUAUGACGCCUACAGUGAGGCAGAAGACAGUGACACUAUCCUUUUGCAGAGAAAGUAUAGGAAUUCAUCAUCCAUGGAUUCAGUUGAUCAUGGCUAUUCUUUGGUUUCCUCAGAUGUAUCCUUACCACCGUUGAGCAGAAAGCCAUCCUAUGAACACACUUCUGACUAUGAACUUGUGGAGAGGUCUUGAAUAAAGAGUCCUAAGGUUUUCUCUUUUCUUUUGUUUCCUGUUUAUUACCUAAAAUUUGUAAAGGGGUUAUCUUUGGACCUUCAUCGUUCUGUAAAUGAUGUCGCUCGAAGCUUUGGCUGGCUUCUCGGGUUGAUUGUAAAGGUAUGGGACUAAUUUGCGUGAAUUAAUUACAUAUAAAUGUGCCCAUAAAGCUGGCUUUGUCCUUGAUGUCU